CGUCCUUAGAGCACACACCACUUCCCUCUGUCUCACACACCCACGUCCACACACACACGCACUCACGCUCACCUUGCCUGAUCGCGCGAAACCGGGACUGCUGAGAGUUACGACCUCACACUCACACACACUCACACACACACACUCCAGCUCUCUGCGCGGUGGAUGCAGCUCGACUCACAGGAGAACCUUGAGAAACCAGACCUGCCUGAAUUAAACUGGAUGUUUACUGAGUGAAGACUAACGCAGAGACAGAGGUCAUUUAUCCCGCGCGCUUACACUUCUUACCCCUUUCUCGGGACCCCCACCCAACACCUUCAGACCCCCCCUUGCUGCGGAGGGGGACGUUAGGCCGGCAGCAGCAGCAGCAGCCACGGCAGGCAUGGGAGCGACCUGCCGCAGCGUUUAGGCUCCAUCCAGCGCUCUCCUAGCCUUCACCGGACAGGCCGGACUAUGGCGGGGCUCGGUGAGUUCGGCGCGCUCGUGCACGGCGCCGCAGACGGCGCGAGCUCGCCUUUCCUCAUGCCCGCGCUGGCUGACGGGCUCGCGCUGCUACCCGAGCGCCUCCUCAUGCCCGCGGAGCCCCUCUCCCGCAGCCCCACUACAGACCUCACGCACCUGAAGGGCAUCCUGCGCAGGCGGCAGCUGUACUGCAGGACGGGCUUCCACCUGGAGAUCCUGCCGGACGGCACGGUGCAGGGCACGAGACAGGACCACAGCCGCUUCGGUAUUUUGGAAUUCAUAAGCCUGGCAGUUGGAUUAAUCAGCAUCAGAGGAGUGGACAGUGGCCUCUACCUUGGGAUGAAUGACAAGGGGGAACUCUAUGGCUCUGAGAAGCUGACAGCUGAGUGCGUCUUCCGGGAGCAGUUUGAGGAGAACUGGUACAACACAUACUCCUCCAACCUCUACAAACACGGGGAAAGGGGGGCACGCUAUUAUGUGGCCCUCAACAGGGACGGGACGCCACGGGACGGGACAAAAUCGAGGCGACAUCAAAAGUUCACACAUUUCCUUCCCAGGCCGGUGGACCCAGAUAAAGUGCCUGAACUCUACAAAGAAGUGUUAGGCCACAGCUGAGACCAAUCAGCCUGGCUUUAGAAGAGGAAUAAGCCCAGUUCUUACCCUAUAGGAACGAGGGAACCGGAUGGUUGGCUUCUAGCACCAGUGCAUUAGCCAGUGAGAGCACAGGCCAGUAGUGAUGCACUGAAGUGCUCUACCCUGAUUGUCCUGAGUGCUGAGAGUUAAGUGGGUGUCCCAGUGUGCAUGGGUCUGACAGAACCUUUCGAACACUAAGCUUGUUGGUAAAAAGUGAGCAAAGAGAAGGUCCUGAGUUCCUGACUGCAGUUUGAUUGCAGCUCUGCAUGACAAGAUUUAGAAAUUUUUGUGACAGUUUUUCAGCUUACCGCUGACCUGCUUUGGAGAUAACUGAGACUGGUUUAGAAAGACUUUCUGGAACUCUGUCAGGACUGCAACCUGUGCAGAACAGGAUUCAUCAUCUUAUAGGAUAUUAUUUAUACAGUUCAUGCCUUACAUAUUUAUUUGAUGUAUUUAUUUAUUUGAUAAUAUAUAUUUUCACACCUAAAUGUAAACCUAUCUAAAUAGAUAUCACAGUAGAAGGUGCCUUAAGAUAGUAAAAAAUCUGAUGUCCUCCUAUUAUGGAAGUGCAAAAUAUUACUCAUAUUGUUGCUACCAUUAAAAUUACAAGACCAAUCCUGCUUGUUUCCCGUUCAGGUGUAUGAAGAAUUUUUUUCUGUGAAUAUGUUUUAAGAAGGACCAAGAAAAUUAACCCCAAUCCUUUUAACUUCAAUCUGUGCUGAGUCUUGUAAUAGCACCUGUCAUACUGACUUGAACUAUUUUACAAAGUGUACAUGUUGUCCCUUCAUAAACAUCACUUAAACAGGGUGAACUGUUGGUGAAGAAAUGUGUAUUUGUUUCUACAUAUUUCAGUGAUAUAACGUCAUGUGGAAGAGGGUUAUUCCCUUAAACAUAGCUUCGUGCGCAGGCAGGCACAAGCUGUUGACAUGACACUAGUUAGGCUGAGAACAAAAGGCUUGUCCGGCACUCAUCAACUUCAAAGCUCCUCUUAGAGACCUUCUCAUGUAACAGCCUCGCAAUGACAAGAUCAGGGUGGAAUAAAAACUGACCUUUAGCUGUAGACUGGUGGCUCAGCGACCCAGCACAACUAGGGUCAAAAUGACAAAUAUUAAGCAAUCUCUGUCGAUUACGUCACAGUCUGGCUUAAUAUGACCACUUAAGAGCCACUUACUUUUCCAUGGAAUGCUGUAAUAAAAAUAAAAUAUUGGAAAGAAC